AGUUUGUAAAUGGAUUGUUAAUUCGUAUCUGACUUUGAUGUUAUUCCCUGUUGUGACUUACUAAUCCUUUUGUUUUAGUGACAGAGAACCCCCAACGUGCAGAUACAGACCUCUAUCUUGCCUGCAUGAAGGGAGACCUGGACCAGCGUAGACGCAUCUUAUCUAAGUGUCUGGUAGACGUGAUGAUUGCAGCAGAGACGGGACACAGACAAGUGUUUGACUUACUUGUGACACAAGCAGCUGAUGUAUUAUCAGUGGAUCAGAACAUAAAUAACAUCCUUCAUGUAGCCUGUCUUGGGGGACAUGUGGACAUGGUGAAGUAUGUCCUCUCAAGGAAGGUUGCAGAGAUCAACGGUAGGGGGCAGUACGGGAGGACACCCGUGAUGUCGGCAGCAGAGAAGGGACACAGACAAGUGUUUGACUUACUUGUGACACAAGGAGCUGAUGUAUCUUUAGUGGAUGAUGACGGAGACAACAUCCUCCAUGUGGCAUGUCUUGGAGGACAUGUGGACAUGGUGAAGUAUGUCCUCUCACGGAAGGUUGCAGACAUCAACAGUAGGGGGCAGUACGGGAGGACACCCCUAAUGGUGGCAGCAGAGAAGGGACACAGACAAGUGUUUGACUUACUUGUGACACAAGGAGCUGAUGUAUCAUUAGUGGGUGAUAACAGAAACAACAUCCUUCAUGUAGCCUGUCUUUGGGGACAUGUGGACAUGGUGAAGUAUGUCCUCUCACAGAAGGUUGCAGACGUCAACAGUAGGGGGCAGUACGAGAGGACAUCCCUGAUGGUGGCAGUCGGCGCGGGACACAGACAAGUGUUUGACUUACUUGUGGGAGAAGGAGCUAAUGUAUCAUUAGUGGAUUAUGACAGAAACAACAUCCUUCAUGUAGCCUGUCUUGGGGGAUAUGUGGACAUGGUGAAGUAUGUCCUCUCACAGAAGGUUGCAGACAUCAACAGUAAGGGGCAGUUCGGGAGGACACCCGUGAUGAUGGCAGUCGGCGCGGGACACAGACAAGUGUUUGACUUACUUGUGACACAAGGAGCUGAUGUAUCAUUAGUGGAUGAUGACGGAGACAACAUCCUCCAUGUGGCCUGUCUUGGAGGACAUUUGGACAUGGUGAAGUAUGUCCGCUCACAGAAGGUUGCAGACAUCAACGGUAGGGGGAAGUUCGGAUGGACACCCCUAAUGGUGGCAGCAGAGAAGGGACACAGACAAGUGUUUGACUUACUUGUGACACAAGGAGCUGAUGUAUCAUUAGUGGAUGAUAACAGAAACAACAUCCUUCAUGUGGCAUGUCUUGGAGGACAAGUGGACAUGGUGAAGUAUGUCCUCUCACAGAAGGUUGCAGACAUCAACAGUAGGGGGCAGUUCGGGAGGACACCCGUGAUGAUGGCAGUCGGCGCGGGACACAGACAAGUGUUUGACUUACUUGUGACACAAGGAGCUGAUGUAUCAUUAGUAGAUGAUGACGGAGACAACAUCCUCCAUGUGGCCUGUCUUGGAGGACAUUUGGACAUGGUGAAGUAUGUCCGCUCACAGAAGGUUGCAGACAUCAACGGUAGGGGGAAGUUCGGAUGGACACCCCUAAUGGUGGCAGCAGAGAAGGGACACAGACAAGUGUUUGACUUACUUGUGAAAGAAGGAGCUGAUGUAUCAUUAGUGGAUGAUAACAGAAACAACAUCCUUCAUGUGGCAUGUCUUGGAGGACAAGUGGACAUGGUGAAGUAUGUCCUCUCACAGAAGGUGGCAGACAUCAAUAGCGGGGGGAAGUACGGGCGGACACCCCUAAUGGUGGCAGCAGAGAAGGGAAACCGACAAGUGUUUGACUUACUUGUCAGUGAAGGAACUGAUGUAUCAUUACUUGGUGAUAACAGAAACAACAUCCUUCAUGUUGCCUGUCUCGGAGGACAUGUGGACAUGGUGAAGUAUGUUCUGUCACAGAAGGUUGCAGACAUCAACAGUAAGGGGCAGUACGGGCGGACACCCCUGAUGUUGACAGUCGGGGCGGGAAACAGACAAGUGUUUGACUUACUUGUGAGGGAAGGAGCUGAUGUAUCAUUAGUGGAUGAUAACAGAAACAACAUCCUUCAAUUAGCCUGUCUUGGAGGACAUGCAGACAUGGUGAAGCAUGUCAAUGCACUGAACGUGGUGGACAUCGACGACAGAAAUAAGCAUAAUACACAGUUUUUGGAUCUCUUGCUUGCAACACAGGGCAGCAGUCAUGUCUGACAGGGAAGAAUAAAUCAUGACAAAGUACCAGUUUGUGUGUGUUUGAUUUCCUAUCAAGAAUAAAGAUCUUUCAUUUAUACCUCGUCACAUUGAAUUUCGAAUCUUUGUUUUGGUGACAUGAUUUUGUGACAGAUAGCAUCGUAAUAAGAAAGGACCAAGUAUUACUUAUUUUGUAACUGGGUUUAUCCUUGAAUGAAGUAGCAUGUUUUUGUUAUAUACAUGUGGAACAAAUUCAAACUUCAUGUCAGGUGCGUUUCUUUUUCUUGAAAUAUGACAGCCAAUU